AUUGGAUAGGAUAGCCUACUUGAAGCAUCCGGGACAGGAACUCGCCAUCCAUAGUAGUAGACAUGGCGGGCCACAAUCUGGCUAAAUGACGAAAUAAAUCUUGUUUGCUAAUAUAAAAACGUGUUAAUUUCGUAGUAGAAGUGUUGAUACUAAGAGACUAGUUAAGUUUUAUUGGAUUAGGACAAAAAUGCAGAAUGUUGGACAGUCUGAAAACCGAAAUAUCGAUAAGGUGAAUGUGCAACUUGAUUUGGUAAAAUCGUCCACUCCUCAGAGUUCGGCUUCGAGUCCGGCCAAAUCUGAAACCGAAACUUAUUCAGGAAUACCUGCCAAAUACAUGACGGACUCAUCGGAAAGCGAGGAUGAUUCUGUAUCCGAGAUUUUGCUGGCUUGUUUGUGCCUAAGCAGGCCAGACCUGUUGGCGGAAAUGGAAGAAGAAGGUGGUGCUGCAGAGUCAUCCAAGUUCCUAUUGUCUCAUGAUGAUCCUGAGAGAGCCGUUGAUCCUGAAAUGCAGGCGAGACUGGAAGCCCUCUUGGAAGCAGCCGGCAUUGGCAAGCUAUCCGGCGAAGGCAAACACCUGGCAGAUCCUGAGGUGCUCCGGCGGCUGACGUCAUCCGUGUCGAACGCGCUCGACGAGGCGGCCGCGGCGCUGACCCGCAUGCGCAGCGAACAACCACCCUCGCACCACAGGCACCACCAUCAAGACAAGCCUACGCAAUGCGGAUCGACGGCAACGGGCACGACACCGACAGUGGCGUCUACAGUGGGCGCAGACGGUGCGCCGUCCUUAGCCGAGGCGUGCUCCGACGGAGAUGUGGGCACAGUGCGGAAACUCCUCACGGAAGGGCGCUCUGUUCACGAGACAACGGAGGAGGGCGAGUCGUUGCUCUCAUUGGCCUGCUCCGCGGGAUAUUACGAACUAGCUCAAGUGCUGCUAGCUAUGCAUGCAAGCGUCGAAGACCGCGGCAUAAAGGGCGACUGCACACCCCUGAUGGAGGCUGCGAGCGCCGGUCACGUGGAUAUCGUCCGGUUACUGAUCGCUCACGGCGCGGAUGUGAACGCCGUGUCCGGGUCCGGGAACACGCCGCUGAUGUACGCCUGCGCCGGCGGACACGAGGAGUGCGUGCGCGCGCUGCUCGAGAACGGCGCCAACGUCGAGGACCACAACGAGAACGGACACACGCCGCUCAUGGAGGCCGCAUCCGCGGGACACGUGGGCGUGGCGAAAAUCCUCCUCGAGCACGGCGCGGGCAUCAACACCCACUCAAACGAGUUCAAGGAGUCGGCGCUGACGCUGGCGUGCUAUAAAGGCCACCUGGACAUGGUGCGGUUCCUGCUGGCGGCGGGCGCUGACCGAGAACACAAGACGGAUGAGAUGCACACGGCGCUCAUGGAAGCCAGCAUGGAUGGACACGUGGAGGUCGCGAGGCUGCUACUCGACUCUGGUGCUCAAGUGAACAUGCCGACGGACAGCUUCGAGUCGCCGCUGACGCUGGCGGCGUGCGGCGGCCACGUGGACCUGGCGCUGCUGCUGCUCGAGCGCGGCGCCAACAUCGAGGAGGUCAACGACGAGGGCUACACGCCGCUCAUGGAGGCCGCCAGAGAAGGUCACGAAGAGAUGGUGGCGCUACUGCUAGUGCAAGGAGCGUCAAUUAAUGCUCAGACUGACGAGACCCAGGAGACAGCGUUGACGUUAGCAUGCUGCGGUGGUUUCCUUGAGGUGGCUGGCUUCCUCAUCAAGUCAGGUGCUGAUGUUGAACUCGGCGCGUCCACUCCUCUCAUGGAAGCAUCCCAAGAAGGUCACCUCGAACUCGUACGGUUCCUGCUGAACAACGGCGCGGACGUACACGCGCAAACGCAGACGGGCGACACCGCGCUCACGUACGCCUGCGAGAACGGACACACGGACGUCGCCGACCUGCUGCUGCGGGCCGCCGCGCUCCUCGAGCACGAGAGCUCAGUCGGCGGACGCACGCCGCUCAUGAAGGCCUGCCGCGCCGGACACGUGUGCACCGUGCAGUUCCUCGUCGGCAAGGGUGCAGACGUGAACCGUAUGACCGCCAACGGUGAUCACACGCCGCUGUCACUGGCUUGCGCGGGAGGGCAUGCUGACGUGGUCAAGUUCUUACUGGCCUGUGAUGCUGACCCUUUCCGCAAGCUUAAAGACAAUUCCACCACCCUCAUCGAAGCAGCCAAGGGUGGUCACACCGCUGUAGUCCAAUUGUUACUCGACUAUCCUCACUCCGUGAUGUUGCCCAGAGGUAACGGCGGCGGUGCGGAAGAGAGCGGCGGACUGAGUGCGGCGCAGGCGGCGGCGUUGGGGCUCAGCCACGCGCCCGCGCCCGGCGCACAGGCACGCGCCCUGCUGCCCGCGCACCCCCACCCCGCGCACCCCGCGCACCCGCCGCACCCCGCCGCCGCGCACCCCCCGCACGCCCCGCCGCCAGCCGCGCCCGCGCCCGCACCCGCCCCCGCGCCCGCGCCCGCACCCGCGCCCGCGCCCGCCUCCGCGCCGCAGAAGGCGCCCCUCGACCUCCCGUCUAACUUCGCCAAGGUCUACCACGACGUGCGCAAGAAGUUAACGACGAACAACGGCGGGGCGAGUGCCAAUACGGGCGAUGCGAACAGCGCGGCGGCGGCGACUCGUGGCAGCGCGGGCCCCGCAACCGGCGGCAACGGCAGCGGCAACAGUAGCGGAAGCGGAAACGGAAGCGGGGGCGAACCGGACGCGAGCUACAUCGCGGGGAUGAUCGCGAGCGCGAUGGCAGUGGGAGCGACCACCCGUGAUACCAAGCACAAGUGUCCUCGUAAGCAGCGAGCGCCCGCGCCCGCAGACCACCACUUGCCUCCGCCGCCUGAUAUACUCGACGACCAGAUGUCCCAUGGGAGCAUGGCUAAGUUAUCUCUCCCGCCAGGAUUCACGUGGAAAGAUGUUAACAAGAGAAAGAAAAAUAAUAAAAAAUGCAAUGUUGAGAACGACUUCAUUGAAAGAGUGGAGGCACUCGUGAGCCUUCGAAACGAAGCAUUACCAGAGACUGAAAGAAACCUACUCGAAUUGGCCGAUACCUCAGGUCCGCCGACGCUGGCCACGUCGGCUCUACACGCGCUCGACCUACAGUUCUGCGCGCAAGGCGUAACGACGACCAUCCACCCUCCUUCGACCCCACCCUACCCUCCACCGCAGCAGUUAUUCCCUGUGCAGCAGCUUGCAAGCAAUUUAAAUCAGCACCAACUUCAAGAGCUACAACAACAGCAGUACCAACAACUAGCUGUACAGCAACAGCAACAACAGAAGAAGCAACAACAACAGGCGGUGCAGUACGCACCAGAAAUGCAACAGAGGCCCGAAGCAUUUGUUCCGCAGGGCGGCGGCGUGGGCGUGGGCGUGGUGGACGAGUCGAUGUUCACGGGCGCGGCGGAGGCCCGCGAGCUGAGCGCGGUGCUGGCCUACCUGCAGCGGGAGGUGCCCUCGCUGGUCGCGCUGCCGCCCAACGAGCUGCGCUCACUCGUGCUGCAGGUGAUGCAACAGAAAUCCCACGAAAUUCUAUCAAUGAAGUGCGAUCAAGGUUCAUGUGACAUGGACUGUUGUGAGGACCUCGAGGAAAGACAGGCGCGGCGCCGCAUGGCAUCCGCCGAGCCAGCGCUUACCACGGACUGGUCUCCGCGACAGGACCAUCACCAUCAUCUUCAUCACCACCACCACAUGGAUCUAACGGUUCCCAGUGCUUGCCAGUACCGCGUGAGGCCGACGUCGCCGGGCGCGGCCCCGGCGGCGGCGGGCCCCGCGGGCCCCGCGGCGGUCGUUGACCCCGGCGCGGGCCCGCACGCGCGCCCCGACGACCAACAGCCCACGCCUGACUUGCAGCCGUUUGCGUUGCCACCGCCGGGUGCCACCAUACCUUUCGAAGACUACAGGACGGGGGGUCCACUGCCGCAGCCGCCUGCGCCGGCGUUGGUGCCGCAGCCGCAAUACAAGCGCGACCAGCACCACCACGCCGCCACCACCACCACCACCACCGCCACCAAGAAAAAGGGCCGGUUCGCGGGCACGGGGCGCACGGCGCGGGGCGCGGCGGCGGCGGCGGCGGCCGCGCCCGACUCGGGCCCCGGCACGCCCGUGGCGCCCGCGCCCGCCGCCUACUCCGCCAUGGACGUGGACGGCGAGACCGACUCCAACCACGACACCGCGCUCACGCUCGCCUGCGCCGGCGGACACGAGGACCUCGUCGAGCUGCUGCUCUCGCGCGGCGCCGACAUCGAGCACAGGGACAAGAAGGGUUUCACCCCGCUAAUAUUAGCGGCGACGGCGGGCCACGAGAAGAUAGUCGAGAUCCUCCUGAACCACGGCGCGGACAUCGAGGCGCAGUCGGAGCGGACCAAGGACACGCCGCUGUCGCUGGCCUGCAGCGGCGGACGGUACGAGGUGGUCGAGCUCAUCCUCAGCCGCGGAGCCAACAAGGAGCACCGCAACGUCUCCGACUACACGCCGCUCUCGCUCGCCGCGUCCGGCGGCUACGUCAACAUCAUCAGGCUGCUGCUACACCACCAGGCUGAAAUAAACUCCCGUACUGGAUCCAAACUCGGCAUCUCUCCGCUGAUGUUGGCCGCCAUGAACGGGCACACCGCCGCAGUGAGGUUGCUGCUCGACUGCGGCUCCGAUAUCAACGCGCAGAUAGAAACCAACAGGAACACAGCACUCACACUCGCAUGUUUCCAAGGUCGGCACGAGGUGGUGAGCCUGCUGCUGGACCGGAAGGCGAACGUGGAGCACCGCGCCAAGACCGGCCUCACGCCGCUGAUGGAGGCGGCCAGCGGCGGCUACGUGGAGGUCGGCCGCGUGCUGCUCGACAAGGGCGCAGACGUCAACGCGCCGCCCGUGCCCUCCUCCCGGGACACCGCGCUCACCAUCGCCGCCGACAAGGGACACAUCAAGUUCGUCGAGCUGCUGCUCUUCAGGCGAGCAGCGGUAGAAGUAAAAAACAAGAAAGGCAACUCUCCACUAUGGUUGGCCGCAAACGGCGGACAUCUGGCUGUCGUCGAAAUGUUGUACGCCGCCGGUGCAGACAUAGACUCACAAGACAAUAGAAAGGUUUCAUGCUUAAUGGCCGCUUUCCGGAAAGGUCACACUAAAGUGGUCAAAUGGAUGGUCGGUGUAGUUACGCAGUUUCCAUCUGAUCAGGAAAUGACAAGGUACAUUUGCACGAUAUCGGACAAGGAGCUGCUGGAGAAGUGUCAGGAGUGCGUGCGCGUGAUCCGAGCGGCCAAGGAGACGCAGGCCGCGCGCGCCAACCAGAACGCCACCAUACUCCUCGAGGAACUCGACGCAGAGCGCUGCCGCGAGGAGACGCGCCGCCUCGCCGCCGCCAGGCGACGCGAGCGCAAGAAGAAGAAGAAGAUGGAGAAGAAGGUCUCGCGGCUCCACACAGAGGAGGAAAGACGCAAGUUACAAGAGGAGAACGACAAGAACUCGAUGUACUGCGAGAAAGCGUUAGGCGAAUGCUCGGAGGGCGGCGAGCCGGACGACGAGCCCGCCGCUAAGGAGGAGGGAGACUCCGGCAUCGAUGCCAACUCGCAGGGCUCCUGUUCAUCUUCUGAUGUGAAAGCACCGCCAUCGCAGAGCGUCAAGAAUAAAAAGAAAAAGAAAGAAGAAAAGACACCACCGCCUGCGCAGCUACCCCCCAAGAAACAACCAGACAAAAAUAAACAGAAGCUGGAGACGAAACCGGAAAAAGAGGCUAAGGUGGACCGGAAGCAGGAGAAGGAGAACGUGGCGCCGGCCUCCCCGCCCGCCGCGCCCGCCCGACCCCCCGCGGCCGCCACCGCGCCGCCCGCACCCGACCGCCGCCAGGCAGACAAGAAACAUGACAAAAAACUUGAAGAGGAUAACACUAAGAUCAUAAAAGUUUAUGGCAACGGAAUUAGUUUACCGCGCUUGAUGCAAUCUCGGCCAAUUUGGUCGAAAAACGAAGUUGACACAUCCGACAAAAUUAAAAAGACACACAACAGCUAUCAAUGGGAGAUUGAAGGCAAAAGCACCUCGCCAAAAGGUGGCUGCGUGGGCGGCAGACGUGAGGAGGGAUGGAAGGAAGUUGUACGCAAAUCCAGCGUACAGACACUAUCUACAGUGGAGCCAGGUUGCAAGAAAGUAUCGGUGGCGUCCCACGCUAUAUCGCGCGUGAUAGGCCGCGCUGGCAGCAACAUCAACGCCAUCCGCUCGGCAACCGGCGCACACAUCGAGGUCGACAAGCAGAGCAAGGGCCAGGGCGAACGGAUCAUCACCAUCAAGGGCUCCGCGGAGGCCACGAAGCAGGCGGGCGCGCUGAUCGCGGCCAUGAUCCGCGACCCGGAGGCCGACCUGGCGCAGCUGCUGCCGCGGGCUGCUGCCGCCAAGCCGCCGCCUCCACCGCAGCCGCUGCAGCCCAAGGCGCCCAAGCAGCCGCCGGCCAAGCAGGGUACGAGCGGCAACAGCGGUGGACGCGCUACUACGGCGGCGACUCGUACGACGGCUGCGAGCAAGCACGGCGCUUCGCCCGCCCCCGCACCCCCCGCACCAGCGCCCCCCGCACUUCUGGCCACCCCUGCGAGGCCCGCCUCCCGCUUGCACUCGCAAGUGUCGACUGGCGACAAGCGGUCGGCGGCUUCUAGUCCGGCGGGUAACAGUGGAGGUAGUGGAGCGGGCGGUGGCGCGGUGAAGUCGUCGCUGUCGUACACGGGCGCCAUCGUGUGCGGUCGCGCACACACUUUCGCCGCCAAGCUGACGGCGGCCACUGCCGCCACCCCCGUCCACGACAAGCCCAGACCUGCGCCCCAGCUGAGUGCCCCAAGUCCGGCACCGACAGCGGGCGCGAGCGUGUCUCCGCUGCGUGGUGCCCGCGAGCCGUCCCCGGCGCCGGUGUCCGGCGCGGCCGCCGGCCCGGCCCCCGGCCCGGCGACCGGUCCGGCCGCGCUGCCCCCGGGUGCUGCUCCCGACGACGACCUGCGUCCGCACGCAGACUGCACGCUGCAGCUAAGUCCUGAUAAUACAAAUGCUUGGAGUUCGAAUGAAGAUAGCGCGCCCAAUCCUACCUCGGCGCUGCAUAUUAAUACCACGCCCCAGCCUAGCGGUGGUGGAGCCGGAGGCGGAAGCGGUAGCGGCGGCGGUGCGCAGGAGUACUCUCUGUUCAAGGACCUGUCGGUGGGCGCGGCCGGCGCGGGCAUGUGGGGCGGCGCCCCGCCCGCACCGGAGCCCCACCACAACGUGGACCUGCCGCCGCCGCAGGGUGUUGGGUUGCGUGGCGCGCAGGUGGACGCGAGCAAGGCGCCCGGGUACCGCGGGGCCGGGGCCGGGGCCGGGGCCGGGGGCGGGGCCGGGGCCGGGGGCGCGGGCCCCGCGGGCGGGUGCUCGCCGUGCUCGCGCACGUCGUCGCACGGCAGCACGCCCCCGCCCGCGUACGCGCCGCCGCCGCACGCCGCGCACCAGUACCACCACCAGGUGCCCAUAGGCAACAAUGUCAACACGAUGGAUAUGAGUGGAUUAUCCCGGAAUGGACCCGUCUAUCAGGACAACUCACGGAAUGGACAUAAUAUAAUGGUAUCUAUGUCGAGCGGUGUGAACAUGAGUACCACGUCAUUGGGGCUCGGUUAUGUGGGAAACGUGGGAAGCGUGGGCAACGUGGGCAGCGUGGGAAGCGUGGGAGUGGAGGCGGUCUCGCGCCUCAACCCGCGUGCACCCGACUUCUCGCAGCGGCAUCCGCUGCUGCAGCACAAACAUAACCCGCAGGCCCAGAUGUUCACUACAAAUGCAACCACUGCCGGCAACCUGAGCGCGCUGAUGCUGUCAUACCAACAACAGCAGCCGACCGCCAAAACGAUCCAGCACGCGCAGACACCACAACAUCCUUACCAAUUCCUACUGGAGCGCGGUAUGGGCGUGGGCGGCACCGGCGGCAGCGGCGGCGGGUGGGGCGAGGAAGAAGAACGCAAGCCGCGCCCCAUCGGAACAGAGCGCGCCUGGAAACUCACCGGCGGCGACGACUGGCCGCACCUGCACCACCCCUACCACGGGCCCCUGCCCGACCACGACCGGUACCAGGGAGUGAGCGGCAUGAGCGGCGUGGGCGUGGGCCACGGCCUGGAGGGCGCGUACGGCGCGGUGGGCGCGGUGGGCGCGGUGGGCGCGGGCGGCGCGGGCGGCGCCACGGCGGCGGCGCUGUCGCUGAUGUCGCAGGCGCUGCCGCUGCAGUACGUGCCGGCGCCCGCGCCCGCGCCCGACCCGCACCACCACCACUGGGACCAGCCGCACCACCACCCCGACAAGCAGACUUGGAGCAAAUGGACUCACUAGAGGCCGACCCGGCACUGACGAUACUGCCUUAGUAACGCGCGCGACGCCCGUCGACUGCGCGCCUCAACUAUCCGACGAGGAUUAUAUAUAAUUGUAACCCUUGGAAACGGUGUAGAUAUUAGUGAGAAAGAAUUAUAUUAUAAAGAUUAUCUAUAUACAUAAUAGAAAAAAUGUCCUAUCGAGAUGAAAACUACUUAUACUGUACGAACGACUGAAGUGAGCAUUAAACGAUUCAUUAUAAUGAAACUCGUGAGGGGAGUCGGUUGUAGUUUUAUUUGUUGCUGCCGCUCGCCGACUCGACACGAUUAGAUAAAUUAUAGUAGUUAGUGAGCGUUCGUUUUCAUCUGAUGUAGAUAUACGUACGGUGUAAUAGUAGGUAGCUUGGAAUGUAAUUCCGAAGUGCCGCUCGUGUGUUUUGCGUUGCCUUUAGCGCACUGCGCCCCGCCGCCGUUAUAAAUAUUUUACACUAUAUUAUGGCAUAAUACGAUAUUAAUUUCUAUAAUUGAUAUGAUUGUAUGCUCGCAACUGAAACGGAAUUACUAUAAACGUGUAUUAAUAAAUUUGCUUGUACAUGAAGAUUAAAUAUCAUAUAUUGAUGCACUGUAUUCACUGGUGUUUUUAAUACCACCUGUUUUUUUUUUCAAUAAUUCUUUUUUUUUAAUAGGUUUAUUUGGGUAAUGUUUAUAUUUAUAAGUAAAUUAUUAUUGAGAACUUUGUCUCGAAUAUUAAAAGCAGCAUAUGCGGUAAGUUCUAGGCAAAUAAA